AGUUCACAUUUUCAGAAAUUAAUUAUAGCUCUAAGAACAUUAACAAUUAACCACCUUAGUUUUAGCAUCAGACAAAAGCGUGAGUAAAUUACGGGACGCACAACAAUCUUGUAUUUAGUUCGUUUCGUUGACGUUCCGUGUCGGCUUUUUGCUGUGUCUUUCAAUAAUAUUUUUUUCCCUAGAUCGCUUAAUUGUGCAAUUAAAAAUAUUUCAUAUUAAAAAGCGACUAAUAUAUCAUCAGAGCUCCUCAGAAUAAAUAAUCUGCAACAUCGCAAAGCACCAAUAGCAGACUGUAUCAAUGUGGCAAGUGAUACCGUGAUACUAUGAUACUAUGAUAGAGCAGACACAGUUUUCUACAGACAGAAUAGGCAUCUGUCAUAUUCUGGCAAGGAAACGGCCCAAGUGUCUGUAUACCUCUCAGACCUGUCUAAAUUCGAUCGGAUGGAACCAUAUAAUUGUUCAUGAAUUUCCAUUAAUUGUUUCGUUAAUUACUUUUCUCGCUGUGUUCAGCUCUGUGUGGUUGUAGUCACUCACACACGCACUCAAGAGGUGAAAUGUUUGUGGUAUAAAGGAGUUUUUACAUCAGAUACAUCAUCAAUAUUGAUUAUCACUUGAAGAUUUCCCAUUCUGUUUGAAGAUGGAAAAAUCUGCAAAGAUGUUUACAUCAUCUUCAGAUAUUGAAGACCAGAACUGCUGGAAAUGUAGCAGAAGUAUUUGAAUCUACAGAGAAUUAUAUAAAUAACAAAGCAAAUAUAUGUUUUCUGCUUGUAUAAUAUAGAACAAAAAAUGGAUCCUCAAGAGAUGACAGAAGAAAGUGAAGAUUCAUCAUACCAAUGUGAUAUCUGUAAAAUGUCUUUCUCUAAUCAGGAAACUCUUACUGUUCACGAAUGUAUUCAUUCAGAUGGAAAGGAAUAUCACUGUGAUGUCUGUGGUGAAUCAUUCUCUGAAAACGACAGCCUUAUUUCUCACAAGUAUAUUCAUACAGGAGAGAAAGGAUAUCGCUGUGAUGUCUGUGGUAAAUCAUUCUCUUCCAGAGGUAACUUAGCUAAUCACAAACGCACUCAUACAGGUGAGAAACCAUAUGACUGCGAUAUCUGUGGUAAAUCGUUCUCUCAAAAAUGUAACCUUACCUCUCACAAACAUAUCCAUUUAGGAGAGAAACCGUAUCAGUGUGAUACCUGUGGGAAAUCAUUUGUUCAGAAGAUUCAGCUUACAUCUCACAAAUACAGUCAUACAGGAGAACAUCCAUAUCAAUGUGAUAUUUGUGGUAGAUCAUUCUCUCGAAAAAGCCACCUUGCUUGUCACGAAUACAUUCAUACUGGAGAGAGACCACAUCACUGCGACAUCUGUGGUAAAUCCUUUUCACAAUCAAGUACUUUAGCUACGCACAAACUUCUUCAUACUCAUGAAAAGACACAUCAUUGCGAUAUCUGUGGUAAAUCAUUCUUUCAAAAGAGUGGGCUUAUUUACCACAAAUCCGUUCACGCAGGAGUGAAACCAUACAAUUGUGACUUUUGUGGUAAAUCCUUCCCGCAAAUGAGAGGCCUCACUUAUCAUAUGUCAAUUCACACAGGAGAGAAACCAUAUGAAUGUGAUAUUUGUGGUAAAUCAUUCUCACAAAAGAGUGGCCUUGCAGAUCACAAAUCCAUACAUACAGGUGAUAAACCAUAUCAGUGUCAUAUUUGUGGUGAAUUCUUCACUCAUAGAAGCAGCCUCAAUUCUCAUAAAUACAUUCAUUCAGGAGAGAUGCCAUAUCACUGUGAUAUAUGCGGUAAAGCAUUCAUUCACUUAGGUAACUUAACGACACACAAAUACAUUCAUACAAAUGAGAAACCUUAUCUCUGUGACGUCUGUGGAAAGUUGUUCUCUCAGAAGACUGGUCUUACUACUCACAAAUACACUCAUACAGGAGAGAAACGAUUUGAAUGUGAAAUUUGUGGUCGAUUAUUCUCUCAAAACAAUAAACUUAAAUAUCACAAAAACAUUCAUUCAGGAGAGAAACCAUAUCACUGUGACAUCUGUGGUAAAUCAUUCUCUCAGAGUGGUAACCUAAGUAAACAUAUACAUAUUCAUACUGGGGAAAAGCCAUAUGGCUGUGAUAUUUGCGGUAAAGCCUUCUCUCAGAUAGGUUCCUUAACUAUGCACAAACGUAUUCAUACAGGAGAGAAGCCAUAUCAUUGUGAUAUCUGUGGUAAAUAUUUCUCUCAGACUUGUAACUUAGCUUCACACAAAUGUAUUCAUACAGGAGAAAAGCCAUAUUCUUGUGAGAUAUGUGGUAAAUCAUUCUCUCAAAGCGGUGGAGCCUGA